UUUUCUUGGACUUCACCAUCCCUAGAGUUUCUAUGUAAUGCUGACCCUCUGUAUUAUCCAAUAAAGGCUGUUUGGUUUCGUCACGGUGUGCCAGACAAAGAGCAUUCUGAAUCCAGUGCCUUUCAGCUGCCAUGGAGCCGAGGAGCAACCCCAGCAACGCCCAUGGCCUCGCUGCCACAACUCGUCCGUGAGCGGGAGCUCUCUGCACCACCUACGAGGGGCAAAGCACGAGACGCCCAAACCGUGCGCUCAAAGAGCUUUGAUGCAAACAGGAGGCUUCCGGCAGUGGCUUCCGGCAAAGAGGUCCAAGGCCCAAGCCAUACGCCUAGAGAUCUUCCAUCAGGGUCAAAGCUUCGGCCUCACCCAAGCUUCCAGGCAUACGAACCCAGCGAGGAGGACUUAGAGGUAGCGUGGCGGGCACGUCCAGCCGCAACACCAGAGGACUGCCGGAAAGAAGUGGUUCUUUUGGAGUUCUUUGGCAUCGCCGCUCAGGAAGUGUUGUCAACCUUCCAUGUGCAAUUCACGGAGGUUCGAGAAGGUGACCUGAAGCCCAAGGCUGCGGCUGCCAGUCGUUCAUCUUCUAAGACGAGCCAGGCAAGCACCCCUCGGACUCCUCGUGAGGCCAAGGGAAGAGAGAAAGCUCUUAACAGCCUCAAGCGAAGUGCGUCAGGUUGCUCUGAUCGGUCUGAAAGCGAUGGUUGGGUGAAUGCCAUUUGCUGGGCGGUUCCUGUGAGGAGGAACUCCAUGAGGGGACCUGUUUGCUCAGCUCUGUUGGCAGCUGUUGUUGUUCCAAUGGAGCCUGGCGGUGCUUGCCAGAAGCAGUGCAGACUCCUCUACAAGUCCAAGGAUUGGGUCAAGUGGGGCUUGGCUGUGAGAAAAGAUCCUCCAAACUGGCUGGGACAAGUGUCGAUGCCGAUCCUGUUAGGGCUUGAGAAGCCAGUGGUGAUGUGUAGCCUGGUGAGGUCAGGCAGUGACGGUCUAUCUCACAAACUGGUGCUUCAUUGGUCGGUGAGAGAGGCAAGCAAUAAGAUCUUGCUUUGCUUGGGCAGCCUGUUGUGGCAAUAUCGUUGGCGCUGGUGCCAUGCAGAAGAUGCCAACGCAUGGUCCCUGGGACCCAUCAAAAAGACCAGUGCUUUGGAGUGGGGUAGCUACUGCUCCGCUCCACUGAUCGGUGAUUGGACUCCCGCCACGGGUGGUGCGGUGGAAAUAUCUCUCCGCUACAAGGGGAAUUCCAUCGAAUUCCCUAAUUCUUCGGCCACCAGACAGCACUUGAGCCUGUCCUGUUGUGCCUGGAGUGAUUGGAGCGACAGCACUGGGCCGACAGAGCUGAAGAUUUCGCCACCACGACCGCAGGAAGAGGAUUUGAAGGUUUGCAUGGAUGACCACAACCCUUGUAAAGCGAGUCUCACUUGGCAUGCAUUUGUGGCUGAAGUGGGCUAUUCUUUGGACUACCGGGUGCUGUUGAAAUGCGAUGAUCGUGUACGUGAAGACUGGGAAUUGGUAGGCUGGUGGGAGGGUGAUGCUGGUAGAGCAGAGGCCUUUGUUCAGGCCCUUUCUGAUUUGAAGCCCAGUCAAACUUAUUCAGUGCGUGUCGAAGCUCGAUAUGCUGGGGGCGGAGGUUGGUCAGAGGGCUUGAUGACGAGCUUCCAGACCCUCCACACAUGGCAUGACCUGGAGCCGCUGCUCUCCGCUCCCGAGCUCUUGCCCCACCCAGACGUCACCAAGCGUGCUGUGCUUCUUCCGGACAAGAACGUCGAGCUGGAGUGGGCUGCUCCAGGCCAGCGGUGGGAAAAGCUGUCCUUCACCACGAUGGAUGGCAUCGCAUCCUUUGACGUUGUAAAGCUCCAAUACAGGCUUGGGAAAGAGGCUGAUGCAUGGGUCCGUUGGACUUCACACGGGAUACCUGGAGAGAUAGCUUGGCUUUCGACCGGUUUGGAGGUGCCCACCAUUACAUCAGCAGAGCUGCAGCCAAGCAAUGGCGUUGAGUUGUGUUUCGCGAACAGGGAGGCCGCCGAUUGUUACCAGAUCCGGUGCCAGGAGCCCAGUGGCCACUUUGCCAAUUUGGACCCGAAGGUGCUUGGAAGGGAGGAGGAAGUCAAAGCUGUCCUGGGACCAACGAAGGUGUCAGGUCGCAGCUUCUGCGUACGCCUGGGUUGUGAUGGUGGCUUUUGGUCUCAGUGGUCUCCAUGCUCAACGGUUACUGCGCGGCCUCGACCAGGUCCCAGGCCAGAAAGCCUGCAUGCGAGUUCUCCAGGUUCUGCCGUCUUCGUCCCCGAUGGCUAUGGGCCUGGGUUCGGUGCCAUUGUGACUGAGACCGCCAAGGGCACCACCAUGAAGCUCUCUUGGGAAGGUUUUGCUUCACAUGGUCAGCCGAUUGGGUAUCACUUGAAGCUGUCCCCUGGCGCCGAAGCAACCGAGGAAUUCUUUGAAGCAAGACGAUGUACAGUUUCGACUCAUUUGGGACUUCAGCAAUGCGAAGUGCUGCUGAACCAAUUGAUGCCCAACACUGAGUACUCUGCAACCGUGUAUGUGGAUGGGGGAAGGGACGACAAAGCCCAGAUCUCCACAACCUUCCGAACAGGAAGUUGGAACAGUGACAUGCUGCGACCCUUGAUGCCUCCACGGCGAAUGCGUGGGCUGGAGCGUGGAGAUGCUCUGAGGAAUGUAUCUUUCCAGAAGUCCCAGAUCUUGCUAGACCCGCGCAUGUCCCUGAAGGGCCCCGGGGAUCUCUAUGUCUAUGAACUCCAGUGGCGGCAUGUAAACGGCCUAUGGACUGCUGUACGGUCUCUCAUCCUGUCCCAGGAGCCAGAGGCGGAGAUGGUUCAGGCUGAAUGGAUGAUGGCCUCAGAUUUGGAUGGCUUUCAGGACUUUGAACAAGUGGAGCUCCGCAUGGCCUUGAAGGAUCCUGUGGCCCGAGUCUUUUUCCCAGAGUGCCUCUGGCUGUCCGAAGCCUCUGCUCCUAUGACCAUAGGCUUCAAAGCUCCUGGAGAAGUAACGGCCAAACUGACAUGGUCGAAUGCAGAACUCUUCAUUGAAGUUCCACUGUGCGAGUGGACCCAGGAGCUUUUUGAUGAGAAGAAGGUAACUCAUUGCCAAGUGAAAUUCCAAGGCCACCCAGUUGGUGGCAGUGCAGUGACAAGUCGUCCGGUGAGGUUCUGCUCUGAAGCUAUGGACGUUUCGGAACUGCAUUAUUUGGAUCGCAGGAGCCCCGUGACCGUGCUGCUGCCAAUCCUAUCCUUACCCUUUGAGGCCAAUUUCGCAUAUGUGGCCUCUUUGCGCAUUGGUGAUGAUCAGCUGUGGUCGGACUGGGGUGACUUUGGUAAUCGUUCGACGGCUGUGGUGACUUCUUUGCCUCACAUUUGGUCCAAAGACGGGGAAAUUGUAGCCACAACACCCGUGAACUGCAAGGCAAAGCUCGACUGGGCUCAGCUUUGUUGCAGCCUGGGAGCUGUGCCGUUGGAAGUUGUCAUCAGCCUUGCCACUAGUGAAACUUCCAGUUUGUCAUCCAGUGCGCAAACCGGUGGACAGUGCUGCGAAAGAAGCCGUGAAAGGCUUGUUGCCAUGACCAGUUGCACAAGUUGCCCCUCGGACAAGCUCCCACGAGGGCCUUCUGGGCCUUCUCUCCGGGACAGGCUGGAAGUUGCUGUGAAUGGAUUUGAUCCAGGCACUGCGUAUCAGUUCAUUCUCUAUGCACGUGCCCAACUCCCUGUUCUGGGUGGCAUGCGCGAAGGGGAAAGCUUGUUGACGCUGGGUUUUACAGAAGUUGCACGGUCUAAACACUUUCAAUGGCCAUCCCGUCUAUCAGAGGAGUGGUCUUGCAUUGUUGAUUGGUCAUUGCCGCUGCCACUGCAAGUCCUGAUCCCUGACGAAGAGCUAGAAUCUAGCAGUCAGCGGUGGCAUGGGCGUGCUGUGCUGCUUUCUUGGCCUUCAGGAGCACUGCAAUUGGAAGUGAGAGAGGAGACGCAGAAUGUACAUCAGGCCGUUUGCUUGUUCGGUUUUUGCUUUGGCCAGGGCCGUGUAGAAUGGCUAGGUUUGCCAACCAGGCAAAGUGUUUUUCUUGUAGCCUCGCAUGUUGUAGAGCAUUUCUGGUAGAAUCGUAGAGAUGGAUGCGUCUCGUAGGUAGCAUUUUCCAGGUCUUUGGCUGGCAAAGCUGCCGCAUGAUUCAUAUCCGGCUGUUUGGAGUCGACUAUGCCGCAGCCUGUGAGCUGCCCUCUGACCUGGUACGUUUUCGUUGGCGUCGUGAGGCUGCGGCAGCGCCGGGGCCUUGCAGCGACGUCUGCGUGGCCCGUGUGGCCGUGCCCAAAGUCACAGCAGAGCUCGUCGCACCGGGUGUUUCCGGGCCAGGACGGCUGCGGGUGCGGCUCCGGGUCGAAGGUGGCAGUGAGGCGGUUCUCUGUAGGAUUCGCUACAGGGAUGUGCAAGGCGAACAGGGCGAACAAGGAGAUGAGAGAUCUUGGAAGUUCUUGGCACCGCGUCCUGUGUCCAGUGCGAAGUUUACCGUGGAAGUCGGGGAAGACCAUUUGAAGCAAGACACCAGCUGCGUCUUCUCUGUGCAGCUCUUGUCACGUUGCCGUCGUUCGCAAUGGUCUCCAGAGACUUCACCAAUUGAGAUCAAGUCACCGAAGCUGGAGGAGAAUCCGGGAAUGCUCUCCAUCACUGCAAGAAACUCCACUUCUGUCACAAUCUCUUGGGAGCUGCAGCAACUGCAAGCUUCAAUGACUGUGGCACAGUCACUGCAGCUUGAGUUCCGGCUUGAUCUCUUCAAGAUCUCUGAAGAAGCUCCCCCGGAGCAUCGAACAUCAAUACUCAUCGAAGGUGAAGGCAACAAACAGCCAGCCUGCGAGGCAAAAGUCUUCAACCUAUGGCCAGCCACUGAAUAUUCUGCGGAACUCUUUGCGCGCUGUGUGCGCCCUUGGACUCGCAGGUGGCAACCAACCGGACUUAAGUCCCACUUCAUCACCCCAGUGUGAAAGAUGGACCUCUCGUGAUUCUCUUGGCCAAAGAUGUCAAAAAA